CGCUUGUAAUCGCGCGCUUGUGAUAUUUGAGCAUGUCCAGGCGAAGGCCCUCGGACAUGGCGUGGCGCCUCGUGGCGUGCCAAACCCUGAGGACCUGAAUGUCCCCCUUCUGUGUAGGGCGAUACCCGGUGUCCUUGCAUACCUCCUUGUACUCCAUUGCACCAUUCAGUUGACCUUGCAUCGCUCCCGCGCGUGAUGAGCUUAUUGUUCGCAUAAGAUUAACGCUGCCACACCCGCUUUUGCGUUAUUUCCCCGAAGAUUGGAACAUAGAGGUACAAUUAUCCAAAUAUAUUAGUUUGGUUGCUUGCACUCCGGAUUUAAGAGAGCGGGCAGCGCCAUGGAGGCCUCGCUCCGCGACCGGGCCCUCUGCCUUGUCGCCGGCGCCGCAUUAGGAUCAGCCGCAACUUAUCUUUCCUACUCGUUAGUCACUCGCCGUCCCAGCGCAGCCGCCGGGUUGCCAACAGCUGCGCUCGGCUCAGCGUCCGCUGCUGCUCGGGCCACAGCAACUGUUGCGGACUUUCUGAAAGACGACGUGCUUAAGGAACAAUUCACCCGAAACGUCCAGUUCUUUGGAGAAGAUGGACAGUCAAGAAUUGCAAGUGCCUUCGUGGUAGUCGUAGGCCUAGGAGGAGUGGGCAGUCAUGCCGCUCACCUCCUCAUGCGCUCAGGUGUGGGCAAGCUGCGUCUCAUUGACUUUGAUCAGGUGACUCUGUCGUCGCUCAACCGGCAUGCCGUGGCCACACGGGAGGACGUUGGCACGCCCAAAGCCACCUGCCUGGAGAAACACUUCAAGCAGAUUCUGCCAGAGGCGGACCUGGAGGCGGUGGUGGAGAUGUACACGGCGGAGCGGGAGGAGGAGCUGCUGGGCGGGCCCGUGCGGCCCGACUACGUCAUUGACGCCAUCGACAACAUCGACACCAAGGUGGCGCUGGUGGCGGCGUGCCACCGGCGUGGGCUGCCGGUGCUGAGUGUGGCGGGCGCGGGAGCCAAGGCCGACCCCACGCGACUCAAGUUCGUGGACGUGUCGGAGUCGUCCGUGGACCCACUGGCGCGAGCACUGCGGCAGAAGCUCCGCAAGCAGUACGACAUCCCGGGCGGCAUCCCGGUGCUGCUGAGCACGGAGAAGCCCCGCUGCAAGCUGGUCAGCAUGACCGACAUGGAGGCAGGCAACCCACUGGACUACCAGAUCGUGCCCAACUUCCGGGUGCGCACCAUCCCGGUGCUUGGCACCACGCCCGCAUUGUUCGGCAUGGCGGCGGCGGGCUACGUGCUGUGCGCGCUGGCGGGCGGGUCUCACGCCAUCGAGGGCGAGCCCAUCAUCCGCCUCAACUGCGUGCAGUAUGAGAGGGCGCUGGAGCGGUUGCGGGAGCGCGAGCGCAGCAGGUACGGCAGUGACGACGGCGUGGCAGUGGACCUUGAUGAUAUCACCUUCCUGUUGAGAGAGGUGUGGCGCGGCUUCAGCGCACGUGCGGCUGACCGCGUUGUGGCGCCGGGCGGCGACAAGGGACUCAUGCGAGCGACCGCACACCUGACGUUCACGCGGUGGGACGCAUCCCGGCCCGCCAUGGCGGACAACCUGGUGCUGCUGACGGCGGCGGAGGCGGACGCGCACGACGAGCUAGCCGCGGCGCCCGGCGGCGGCGGCGGUGGCGGCGGCGCGCUGGCGGCGCUGCGCGCGACGGAGCCCGACUUCGUGGCGCGGGUGGAGGCCACGUUGGACCGCGUGCGGCGGGAGCUGUUCUAUUGAGUCUUGGGAGUGCGGAGCAGCAUUCUAAGGGGAGCAAGCGCGGUGUUGCGGGUUCGGUGCUGUCGGCAUCGUUCUGCGCGUGGCGCGGUAUACGCGCGGCUGUAGCGCUGGCGGCAAGCGCCUGUGGACGCGCUGACGCAGAAUGAUGUGUCCCUGUGUGGCUAUGCUGGAGGCGGGACUAGGAAUGCCUUCUAAGGUGCUGGAGCAUGCGUGGCUGCCCCUCAUGCACAGCACCGUGGAGGUACAAUAGUCGAGACAGCGCCACAGCUUUGCAGAAUAGGCUGGCUUGGGCGUGGAUAAGGCCAUGAGGGGCGCUGUAGCAAGUGCGGGAAUGUCGUUGUGUCGAUAUCUAAUGUGAUAUUGUGAGAGUGUGUGAGGUGGGUCAACGUAAACAUGUGACACCGGCUGGCUUCUAGGCAGAUACAUCGCGCAGGGUGGUGGGGUGAGGCUAGGUGAAGUGCGGGAAGCUAGGCUGCUGUGGCUAGGCUGGUUACGUGUUUGUGGACAGACUCCCACGUGGCAAAACUGUACCGCUGUUACGGUAUUGCCUG